CGGGCCGCGGGUGUGCCUGAGCACGCGCGCCGCCGCCUCCCCGCACCGCGCCCGGCCUCGCCGCCAGUCGCCGGCAGCCGCCGAGCUGCGAGGACCUUCUCUCCUGCAGAGGCAGGAACUCCUGAAUGUAUUUGAAAACUGAACAGUUUCAGCCAAGCCGAAGCAUUUUGUCUUCCCAAGGACACAGACCCAACUUAGCUGAGCCACAGCAAAUAUAAGUCAUCAUGGUGAAAAGCCACACAGGCAGCUGGAUCCUGGUUCUCUUUGUGGCCAUGUGGAGUGACGUGGGCCUCUGCAAGAAGCGACCAAAGCCUGGAGGAGGCUGGAACACUGGGGGGAGCCGAUACCCGGGACAGGGCAGUCCUGGAGGCAAUCGCUAUCCACCGCAGGGAGGGGGUGGCUGGGGUCAGCCCCACGGAGGUGGCUGGGGUCAGCCCCACGGAGGUGGUUGGGGUCAACCCCACGGUGGUGGCUGGGGACAGCCCCAUGGUGGCGGAGGCUGGGGUCAAGGUGGUGGCACCCACGGUCAGUGGAAGCCCAGUAAGCCGAAAACCAACAUGAAGCAUAUGGCAGGAGCUGCUGCUGCUGGGGCUGUGGUGGGGGGCCUAGGCGGCUACAUGCUGGGGAGUGCCAUGAGCAGGCCCCUUAUACAUUUUGGCAGCGACUAUGAGGACCGUUACUAUCGUGAAAACAUGCACCGUUACCCCAACCAGGUGUACUACAGGCCAGUGGAUCAGUAUCACAACCAGAACAACUUUGUGCACGACUGCGUCAACAUCACAGUCAAGCAGCACACGGUCACCACCACCACCAAAGGGGAGAAUUUCACUGAGACCGACAUCAAGAUGAUAGAGCGCGUGGUGGAGCAAAUGUGCAUCACCCAGUACCAGAAGGAAUACCAGGCUUAUUACGAAAGAGGGGCAAGCGUGGUGGUCUUCUCCUCCCCUCUUGUGGUCCUCCUCCUCUCCUUCCUCAUUUUCCUCAUAGUGGGGUGAGGAUGGCCUUCCUGUGUUCAUCAUCAUCUUAAUCUUUACCAGGUUGGGGGAGGGGGUAUCCACCUGCAGCCCUUUAGUGGUGGUGUCUCAUUCUUGCUUCUUCGUCACCCGUAGGUUAAUACUCUUGUGCUUAUAGCACUGGGAAAUGGAGAGUAGACCUGAGAUUCUAUUUAUGCAAGACCCAUUUGAUUGAAUCCUUCGUUGGUCAGUGCUAGUGCUAAGCUGGUAAAAGUGUAACCAAAUAUUGUUUGGUUUAUCUAGGCUUAUUUUUUGUCAGGUGCAAUAGAUUGAGGCUAAAACAGUUCUCAGAGCUGUCUUCAAAUACCUUUGCAUAAAUACCUCCAGCUCCUUCUCCACUUUGAGCUCAGUACACUAAUGCCCCAUCUUAGCAGUGAUUUUAUAAGUUUUCUCAUUUGUUUUAAGAAAACCUGACUGCAUUUCCCUGUUUAAAUAGCAUUUCUGCCAAAUCUGGAAGGAAGCCACAUAAUACUCAUUCCAAAAGCAAAACAAGAAAUCCUUAGCUUGUGGGCCCAGGCUCAGCCCCCUGGAGGGCAUGUCCUGUGCCUGCAGGAAACUGUAAGGAUGUUUUGCACUUUGCAAUACAGGUUACACAGCAGCUAUUGCAUCAAGAAUGGGUAUUUGUGCAAACUAGCCUUCUGGGCAGAGGACAUUUUCACAGGGAAGGAACAUAAUAUGAAAGCCUCCCAAGAGUAAAAAAUUCCAGCAUGUGGGAGAGGUGCACUCAAAGACAGCCUCACAUUUUGGAUGUUUAAAGCACCUUCAUGUGGUAUUCCUUUCUUUAGUAAUAUAAACUACAGAUAAUUAAGGUACCUUAAUUAAACUACCUUCUGGACACUAAGAGCAGAUGUCUUGUUUGUUUACCUGGAAACCACAAUGAUUUUGACAUUGUUUGGGUGAAUUUUAGCAUACAGGAAACUGCAGCUAUAAAAACACUGUAUUCAUUUGAUUGACUCAUUCCUGGGCCCGUGCUAGUGUUGGACUGGUGAGGGUAUAACAGCAAGUAUAGAGAAUUAUGUAAUAAAGAAAAUAGAGUACAAAGAAAAGAAAUACUUGCAUUUCUUUAUUGCUGCCUCAUAACUGUCAAAAAACAGAAUUAGGUCCUUAGUUUCUAUAAUUGGCUUUUUUUUAAUUUAUUUAUUUAUUGGCUGUGAUGGGUCUUCGUUGCUGUGUGUGGGCUUUCUCUAGUUGCUGCGACUGGGGGCUACUCUUCAUUGUGGUGCACAAGCUUCUCAUUGCAGUGGCUUCUCGUUGAGGGCUCUAGAGCUUCAGGAGUUGUGAAACGCGGGCUUACUAGUUGUGGCGCACAGGCUUAGUUGCUCCGCGGUAUGUGGGAUCUUUCUGGACCAGGGAUUGAACUCGUGUCCCCUGCAUUGGAAGUUAAAUUCUUAACCACUGUGCCACCAGGGAAGUCCCUAUAAUUGGCUUUUGAAUCAAAGAAUAGGGAGGCGUUCCAAAAAAAAAUCUUAGGUUAGAGAUAGUAGAAAUAUGAUCCAUUCAGGGUGGAAAAAGAAAUUCUGUUACCAUUAUUUAAGGAAGGCAUAAAUCAUUCCCUGGAUUGUUCAAUAUUGUUACAUAGCAGAUAUACAUUACUAUUCUGCACUGGUAUUACUGGCUUGCACUUUGCGGGUAUCCUACGUAAAAAAUAUAUAUACAUAUAUAUUGCAUAUGAUAAACUUAGCAAUUUCAGUUAGAGCAGUUAACAUCUGAACUAUCUAAUGCAUUACAUGCUUUUUGUAAGGUACUUAAUACUUAAAGGAAACCCUUUCGUGUGGUCCUUAGGCUUACAGUGUGCACUGAAUAAUUUUCUAUAAGAAUCCAGAGUGACAUUUGAAGUACGCAUGUGCUUUAUAUUUUCUAUAUUUGUAACUCUGCAUGUACUUGUUUUGUUGUAUUAAAAGUUUAUAAAUGUUUACUAUCUGACUAAAAUUAAACAAGCUAAAAGGAG